UCCUGUAUGCUAGCUCCCGGAGCUAACUGCUGCAAGACUCACAUAAAUUAUGGAAAUAUUAAGACUAAAGGUGUUUCUUAGUUUAUAAAGAGACAGUGAGUUUAUGAAGACAAUUUUCGGUAAGGUUAUGGCGGGUAGAAAGAGAAAGAUGUUAGCAAUGGGAGUAGCAGCGGCAGCACCUGAACAAGGAGUAAAUAAACAGAAAAUCCAGGCUGGAGUGAAACUAAAGGUGUCACCUGCAAAGCUGAAGGAGCCUGUUCAAUGUGGGAAAGAUGCUCAAAGUGCUGAGACGGAGCGAAGCAGUUAUUUCACCCACACUGACCUGCAGCACAGACUGGGACAGGACUUUUUCAACCAGCCUUGCAUCAGUUUGGCUAAAGCAUUCCUCGGCAAGAUGUUGGUCCGCAGGUGUGCAGAUGGUACUGAGCUGCGAGGGAGGAUAGUGGAAACUGAAGCCUACCUCGGAGGGGAGGACCAAGCUUCACACUCGGCAGGGGGCAAACGCACAGAGAGGAACACGGCCAUGUUCAUGAAGCCAGGCACAAUCUAUGUGUAUCCAAUCUACGGCAUCUACCUCUGUAUGAACGUGUCUAGUGAAGGGGAGGGUGCCGCCGUGCUGCUGCGCUCCCUUGAGCCCCUGCAGGGUCAACCCGUCAUGAGGCAGCUGAGGGCAGCCAGACGCAGGGAAGGAGCCCGACAACUUAAGGACAAAGAGCUCUGCAACGGGCCUUCGAAGCUGUGCCAGGCUCUAAAUAUAUCCCGGUGUUUUGACCGCCGAGACCUAGCCUCAGACUCAGAGGUGUGGCUGGAGAGGGACCCCAACGCAAGCGCAGUAGAAUCCUACGAUAUAGUGUCAGCACCACGUGUUGGAAUAGAGUCCCAUGGCGAAUGGGCCAAGAAGCCGUGGCGGUUUUAUCUUCGUGGGCACCCCUGCGUUAGUGUAGUUAAUAAAGAGGCAGAAAGACAGUCUUAGUCACAAGACAACGCAGUGUCAUAAGGACUUAACAGGAAUAUUCCUGAAACUACUAUACCAUCUGUUGCUUUGUGGACUUCAACCGUUUAGGCAGAAUAUAAACUUAAGCAUUUUCUGUUUGCUUUGUUGGGAUACACUACUUUUUACGCAUAUGAAAUAAAUACUUUGUGAAAUAAUUCUAUGAUGUUUUUAUAAUUUUGUAGUUCUUUGAAAAUCAGGAUGGUAGAAUAACCUCCAUGAUGGAUUGAGAAUCUGCACAAAUUACACAAAAUGUUUUUCAUCCAAUUCAUAAGAUGCUUCUCAUUUCCACAGUGUAUUUAUGGUACUGAUGCAAAGUUACAGUGGUGAGUAAUAGAUUAGAGCUUAGAGUAUGAUUCAAUUUAUCAGUGCAUAAGGAAAAAAAAGUUCUGAAUCGUACCUUUACUCACGUGUCUCGUUUGUUCAGGUUUUCCAUCUGGUUUUUAAUAAACAUUCAUACU